UGCACCGUACCCUCACCUUCAACACAUAAACUUUCGCUUCUAGUUUCUGCAUUUUUGAGAUCAAACAUGAUGAUCCGACAGAGCCCCUUAUUUCUUGGUUUGAUUCAGACUUCAUUAUCAAAGGUAUCUGCAAGAUGCUUGACGGCAGAGGCUGCGUAUGCGCUUCGGGAAGACGAAGCUAUGCCCAGGCACGAGGAAUACGCUAAUAUUGACUGGAACAACUUGGGUUUUAGUCCACGACGAACUGAUUACAUGUACAAGUCUACAUGUGCAUCGAACAACACUUUUGACCAAGGCCAGUUAAUUGAUUAUGGUAACGUCGAAUUAAGCCCGGCAGCAGGAGUUCUAAACUAUGGCCAGGGACUCUUUGAAGGUACAAAAGCUGUGAGGGGAGAAGAUGGUCGGAUUUUGUUGUUUCGACCGGAUCAAAAUGCAAUCCGAAUGCAAAUUGGAGCUGAGAGAAUGUGCAUGCAAUCCCCAUCUGUAAAGCAGUUUGUAGAUGCAGUAAAACAAACAGCUAUCGCCAACAAACGUUGGAUUCCACCACCAGGAAAAGGGUCACUUUACAUCAGGCCUUUGCUCAUUGGAACCGGACCUAUAUUGGGCUUAUCUCCUGCUCAUGAGUACACAUUUUUAGUAUAUGCUUCUCCUGUUGGCAAUUAUUUCAAGGAAGGUACCGCAUCGUUGAACUUAUACGUUAACAAUGAUUUUCAUCGCACAACUCGUGGUGGGGCGGGAGGUGUCAAGAGCAUUACAAAUUAUGCCCCGGUAUUGAAACCGUUAUUAAGAGCAAAGGAACAAGGGUUCUCGGAUGUUGUGUUCCUUGAUUCAGUCCAUAAAAAGUACAUCGAGGAAGUUAGUUCUUGUAAUAUUUUCCUUGUUAAGGGUGAUGUUAUCUCAACGCCUUCAACGGUAGGUACUAUUCUUGAAGGAAUCACUAGAAAGAGCAUCAUUGAUAUUGCACACGACUUAGGAUACAAGGUUGAGGAACGUUUAGUCACAGUAGAUGAAUUAAUGGAAGCCGACGAAGUUUUCACUACUGGAACCGCAGUCACUGUUGCAAAUGUUGGUAGCAUAACAUACAAUGGUCAAAGAGUGGAAUAUAAAACAAGUGAUUGUGGGUUGGUGAGUCAGAAGUUAUUCAAAAGGCUAGUAGGAAUUCAAAGUGGGAAGAUUGAAGACAAAUACAACUGGGUUGUUGCUAUACAUUGAAGAUAUUAGUAAUGGCAGUGUCAUGCUUGAUUUGGAAAAUAAAACUGGGUUGUUGCUAUAGAUGAAAGAUAUUAGUAUUGCUAAUGUCAUGCUUGAUUUGGAAAAUAAAAAAAUAUACAUACAUAACAAGGUUUUAGAGUUACUUA